AACCAAGCAACCAAGCAAGCUCUCAGUCAAAUCACCUCACCUCACCUCACCGGGCCACUUGCUGCUCGACCUUGCUCUUGUUCCAUUGCCAUACCAACCCUCAUGCAGUUGAUACCGUAGUGCACCUACCUACAUCUUGACUGCCCUGCUCUGGACGUGAAGAGAAAAACAGAGAGAGAGAGAGAGAAAGAGUACAUAACACCACCCGUCGCCGCCCGUUCACCACCCACCGCCCUUCCUUCCGUCCACUCAUCCGUCACAUCUCCCCAUCGUGCAUCUUACCUACAUACACACUGCUGAUACCCAGAUUCCAAGGCGACACUUGUUCAAAUCUCGUUUGAUUCAUACUACCAAGAAAAACAAGGCGAGACCAAUCUCCCGACGCAGUGAACCGGCCCCAAUCAAUCGCAGAUACGAGCCGAUUCCACUCCAACAGCGACGACAUCCACUCCCACUUCAAUCGCUCUCCAUCCCCUAACCAUGGCCGACAACAACACUUCGCAGCCUUCGAUCGACGAGACGCCCAUUUCCCACCCGCCCGGCGAGCGCAAGAACUCGCUCGAGAACCACCUCCAACACCGUCCCAACCGCGCCGAGCUGGUCGAGAAGAACAUCCUGCCCGCGUCUAACGCAGCGCCCAGCUUGAUCGCCCACCAGAAGGAGCUCGAGAAGCACAUGCGCGCCGACUCGCUCAACGACAAGAUCUCCCACCGACCCGCGCCCGAGGAACUCAUCAAGGAGGGCGUGCUCAAGGAGGAUCCGCGCAGCCCCGAGGACAUGUACGCUGAGGCCAUCGAGGACGAGUACGCCAAGCGCGAGGGUGGUGCUUAGAUGGCCCACGGGUAACGGGUAUGGGUAACGGGCAUGUGGGUUCGUGUGCGGUGUCUUGUCAAAGUGAUAGUGUCAAUGACCGAAAGUGGAAACCAUUGUGCGCUUAUAUUGAAUUGCUGUUUUCAGUAUAGUGGUUCGAUGCUCUGAUGCUGAUGUAUCGGUGGCGGGGUAUUUCCCACGGCACCCACGAUGACAGAAAACAGGAAAAGAAACGAGGGGGAAAAAGAUAAGCUGAUAGUCGAGGGUUGGGCCACGCAAAGCUGUUUCCUUAUUUUCCUACUACUUGGCUACUAUAGCACCACCGGCCUGCUUCCGAGAAUAGCAAGAAAAAAAAAAAGAAAAAAAAAAGAAGACAUGCCAUGACCUUGUUUCU